UCUAUCGGUUGCCACAGUUACUAGAUUUACCCGGCUUUUUAUUUGGGUUUUGUUUUGAUUAUUUAUGUUCUCAUUUUUUCAACGAUCUUGUUUUAAAAAUUUUGAAAAUGUGAUUAAAUACACCUAUCAAUGUAAAUCUGUGCGCUUUAGAUGUGAUUCUAAUGAAAAUACGAUGAAAAGAGUGUUGAAUGUGGCUGAAAAAAAUGAUGCUGCUAAGAACAUCGCAGCAACAUUAUCUAAAGGUAAUUCAAGCAAAAGAGAAGGUUUUUCUAAAUACAAUAAAAUCUUCGAGUUUGAUUAUAAUCUACCCAAUGAAGGCCAAUGUAAAAUGGUAAUGACAUCUGUUUCUGGUCAUUUACUGUCCUAUGAUUUCGAUGAUAGAUAUCGUAAAUGGUGGUCAUGUGAUCCUGUAUCUCUUUUCGAUGCUCCUAUUGUGACUAAAGUUACACCAGAUUGUGCCAGAAUUCAACAAACUUUGGAAAGAGAAGUUUCAAAUGCUAAAUUGCUGAUUCUAUGGACCGAUUGUGAUAGAGAAGGAGAAAAUAUAGCUUUCGAGAUCAUUAAAGUUUGUCGUGCUAAGAGACCCAACUUAAAAAUCCUUAGAGCAAGAUUUUCAGAAAUUACAUUCGGAGCAAUUACUCGUGCUAUAAACAACCUUGUUGCUCCUGAUCAACGAGCUUCUGAUGCAGUUCGUAUACGCCAAGAGCUUGAUCUGAGAAUCGGUGCGGCAUUCACCCGGUUUCAAACUAUGUUAAUUCAAAAGAUCGGUGAACAAGUUAAAGAUAAAUUAAUAAGCUAUGGAUCCUGUCAAUUUCCGACGCUUGGGUUUGUCGUUGAAAGAUACAAACAAAUUAAAGAAUUUGUCUCGAAUCCAUUUUGGUACGUGGACGUAAAAGUCAAGAGAGACAAUUUGAUAGUCGAAUUUAAAUGGGAUCGCGGUAGAUUAUUUGAUUGUGAUGCAUGUCUUUCCCUUUAUCAUCGAAUUUUACUCAACCCUAGAGCUAAAGUUACUGCAGUUGAUGGUCGUCGUAAGACGCAUUGGAGACCAUUGCCCAUGGACACAGUGAGCUUAGAAAAACUGGCUUCUUCAAAGUUAAGAAUUACUGCCAAGCAAACUAUGACAAUAGCCGAAAAAUUGUACAAUAAAGGAUUCAUCAGUUAUCCAAGAACUGAAACCAAUAUAUUUCCCUCUAAUUUGAAUCUCCAACCGGCAGUUGAAGCACAGGUCGCAAAUCAAGCUUGGGGAUCAUUUGCUAGUCAAAUUUUACGAGAAGGCAUUCAUCCAAGACAAGGAAGGAAAACAGAUAAUGCCCAUCCACCUAUUUAUCCAAUCAAGUCCGCUGACAAUUUAACUGCAGAUGAAGCAAAAAUCUAUGAAUUGAUUGUGAGACAUUUUUUAGCUUGUGUAAGUGCAGAUGCUGUUGGUUUUGAGACAUCAAUUAAGUUGGACAUCAAUGGCGAAGGUUUUCAUGCCAGUGGUCUGAUUAUCUUGGAAAGAAAUUAUCUUGACGUUUAUCCUUACGUCAAAUGGUAUGGAAAAGAAAUACCAGAUCUAAGAUUAAAUGAAGUUUUUGUUCCUGAUGAGAUUUUCAUGAGGGAAGGUAAAACAACUCCUCCUUCGUUACUAACAGAAUCUGACCUCAUUGCCCUUAUGGAAAAACACGGUAUUGGAACAGAUGCAACGCACGCUGAACACAUUGAAACGAUUAAAUCACGAACCUAUGUUAGUAUGACUACUGAUAGAAAAUUUUUACCUGAUCAAUUAGGACUUGGAUUGGUUGAUGGUUAUGUCGCCAUGGGUUUUGAACUUUCGCGGCCUCAUCUUCGGGCCAAUCUUGAAAAAGAUUUACAAGCCAUUUGUGAUGGACAAAAAGAUCCGAAUGUUGUUUUAAGAGAACAAAUUGUACUUUACAAAGAAAUAUUCUCAGAUGCCAUGCGGAGGUCUAAUCUACUCUCAACAAAUGUUCAACGGUGUCUUCGGGAAAACAUUACCAUACGUACAUCAUAAUUUUCACUCAUCUUUUCGUCUAUUCUUAUAUUCCAGUAAAUAAUUACUCCAAGUGUUCAUGUAAAUAAGUAAAUCAUAAAUCACAAAGUGUUGUCGAUAAGAACAAUCUUCUGGAUGCUCGCUGUCCAUGGCCUGUUAACCGUACAUAAAAAGCUGCUCAAUUUUUUCAUACCAAAA